UGGGUCUGUUCUUCCCAGGGCAGCUGCAGCAGGACUGGGAGGAGGCCGAUCCAGGCAGCACAGCCCUCCCAUAACCUCCCCUUAGAUGUUUUCAGUUGUAGGGGACAUGCAUCCCAAGCCCUCUGCUUAGCCUGACCCUGAUGCAGGAACUCUUUGUCCUUAGUGACUACAGAGAUGGCAAGUUUAAGAUCCUCUCUGACCAGCUGUCUUCUGUCUGUCCUUUUUAUCCUCCAAUUGUCUUUCAGCUAUGCAGGACAGUUCAGAGUAAUAGGACCAAGGCACCCAAUUCGAGCUCUUGUGGGGGAUGAAGUGGAAUUGCCAUGUCGCAUAUCUCCUGGAAAGAAUGCUACAGGCAUGGAGAUCGGUUGGUAUCGGCCUCCCUUCUCUAGGGUGGUUCAUCUCUACCGAAAUGGCAAGGAUCAAGAUGGAGAACAGGCACCUGAAUAUCGUGGUCGGACUGAGCUGCUCAAAGAGGCCAUUGCUGAAGGAAAGGUGACUCUCCGCAUACGAAAUGUAAGAUUUUCUGAUGAAGGUGGUUUCACUUGCUUCUUCAGAGAUCAUUCUUACCAAGAGGAGGCUGCAAUAGAAUUGAAAGUGGAAGAUCUUUUCUACUGGAUAAAUCCUGGAGUGCUGAUUCUCAUUGCGGUCUUGCCUGUGCUCCUUCUGCAGAUCACUGUGGGCCUUCUCUUCCUCUACUUGCAGCACAGACUCAGAGGAAAACUUCGAGCAGAGAUAGAAAAUCUCCACAGGACUUUUGAUCCCCACUUCCUGAGGGUGCCCUGGUGGAAGAUAUUCCUGUUUGUGAUUGUGCCAGUACUUGGACCCUUGGUUGCUUUGAUCAUCUGCUACAAUUGGCUACAUCGAAGACUUGCAGGGCAAUUUCUUGAAGAGCUAAGAAACCCCUUCUGAAUGAUGUUGCACGUUGGGAUGAAGAGCCUGGUUGGUCCAAGGAUUGUUCCUUGAAGAUGUUACAUCACUGAGUUGCAUGCUCACAAGCAUCUUCACCAUGGGGACAUUCUAAUCUGUACUUCCAGGACUGCUUUGAAUUCCAAAUAAGACUGAUUUCUGUUCUCUACUUUUUCUUAUCUUUCCCCUGGCUCCUUUAUCCUCACAUCUUUCCACUCUUUUCUCCAGUUCUUCACAUGUAAAUCUUCUCAGGCUAUAAUGGCCAAGUGGGUGCUUUAUUCAUCAGACAACACCUGUACUGAAAAGUGACAAAUACUUUAGGAACCUUCUCAUAGCAAAUUGUAGCAUGCCAACUUUUUCAAUGCUGUUUGUUUCUUUUUUAAGAUCUCAAUCAUGAUAAGCAAUGUUGAGGUGUGAGGGAGAAAAGGAAGGUACAACAUCGAAAACCUUAAAACAUAAGCUGCAGAGUUUGAGAUAAACCCAUACAUUGGGCUGUAAUUCUGUCUCACAACUCUAAGGAUGAACGAGUAGGGACAAAAACUAGGGAUAACUCCUAUUUUAGAUUGCUUUCCUUCUGUGCUCCUUUUGACAGCACAGUACUAAAAUUAGAAUGCUUUCCUUCUACUUCUUGUACAGAUGGGUUCUGUACAAGAUGUUCUUUCCCUCAUCCUUUCUAUCACAUCUUCAUAUAUAUCAGGGUAUUCUCAAAAAGCCAUUUAUUUGUUAUUUGUGUUUCAAGACUACUGCCUUCCUUUUUUCCCCCCCUCUAACCACUGCCUUAGCAUUCUUCUCUCUUGAGGUUAUGAAUCCUAAAAGAUCCAUAUCCUUCUCUGACACAGCAUUUACUGUGAGCCAGCAUUUACUGAGAGUAUCCCUGCCUUUGUAACUCUUGCAAUGACUCAUAAGGCUCUUUUUCUCCCCAUAGCAAACAUCACAGAUGGGGCAGCAAUAAAUGAUCUGCUUCCAGCUGGUCUGUUGGUGCUUGGCUAUACCAAAAAUGAGCUAACGGAUUUGCCACAGUGGAAGCAACUGGAGAACUUCUAUGUGAGAUGGACCUCCUGAUGGCUGGAGAAACUGGUUUUCUUAUUAAAAGUCAAAGAACAAUGAGGGCAAGAGAAAAAUUUGAGUCUUGCAUACUUUUCUGAGUGAAAGCUAGAGCUAGGAUCAUAGCAGCAAGCUCUACUGUUGGGUUUCUGGCUUUUGGUUACAGAUCUGAGGUUGCCUCGGAUUAUUAAUUGUUGCCUGAGUUCUCACUGUGA